AUGGCCGCCCCCGACAGCAAGGUCACUCCCAACGAGUUCUUUCAGAACAUCGGCCAGCAAGUCGACAACAGCAGCGAGGAGGAGCACAAGCUGGUCGAGGAGAUUGAGUCUCUCUGCAUGAACUGCCACGAAAAUGGCGUCACCCGCAUGCUCCUCACAUCGAUCCCCUACUUCCGCGAAGUCAUCAUCAUGUCCUUUGCCUGCGAACACUGCGGCCUCCAGAACAACGAGGUCCAGCCUGCCGGCACGGUCCAGCCCAAGGGCACAUACUACGAGCUGCGCCUGACCGACAUGGCCGAUUUUGCCCGCCAGGUCGUCAAGUCGGACACGGCCACCGUCAAGUUCACCGAGCUCGACCUCGAGGUCCCGUCCGGCAAGGGACAACUGACCAACGUCGAAGGCCUGCUGUCGACCGUCAUUGACGAUCUCGAGUUUGGCCAGGAAGCCCGCAAGCAGCAGGCACCAGACGUCGCCGAAAAGGUGGGCGAGGUCAUCGCAAAGGGCCGCGCUAUGCUCGCCGGCUCCUCCUUCCCCUUCCGUGUGACCGUCGACGACCCCGCUGGCAACUCCUUCAUCACCCCCGACCUCAAGGAUGGCGUCGGCAAGUGGGAGAAGCACGAGUUCCUCCGAACGGCCGAGCAGAACGAGGCCCUCGGCCUCUCCGGCGAGAGCACCAACAAUGCCAACGCCGACGCCACCAUGCUCGACCCCAACCCCGCGCUCGAUGCCGACGGCAACAUCAUCCCCAACGAGGUCUACAGCUUCCCCGCCAGCUGCCCUGGCUGCAUGCAGCCCUGCACGACGCACAUGAAGAUGGUGGACAUUCCUCACUUCAAGCAGGUUGUCCUCAUGUCCACCGUAUGCGAUGCCUGCGGCUACCGCUCCAACGACGUCAAGACGGGCGGCGAGAUUCCCGAACAGGGUGAGAAGAUUACCAUUGCCGUCCGCGACACGACGGAUCUGGCGCGCGACAUUCUCAAGUCGGAGAGCUGCGCCCUCGAGUGCCCCGAGCUCGGCCUUUCGGUCAACCCCGGCACGCUCGGCGGCCGCUUCACGACCAUCGAGGGCCUCCUGACGCAGGUUCGCAACGAUCUCCACAACCAGAUCUUCCAGGCCAACGGCAACAGCGGCGGCGGCGACUCGGCCGUGCCGGACGAGAAGGAAAAGUGGACGGCCUUUUUCGACGGCCUCGACGUCGCCAUCCGCGGCGAGAAGCCCUUCACCGUCGUCCUGUCCGACCCGCUGGCGAGCAGCUACGUGCAGUCGCUCGUCGACCCGCCGGCGACCGACCCCCAGAUCACGCGCGAGAUGUACGAGCGCACCGAGGAGGAGAUGGAAGACCUCGGCCUCAACGACAUGAAGGUAGAGAACUACGAGGAGAAGGCCGCCGAGAUCGAGGCCGGCGACAAGCCCGAGGAGAAGACGGCCGCGCAGCUGCAGCACGAGCAGAAGAACGGCGAGCUCAUGGACCAGCUGAUCGACGCCAACCGGAGGUAG